GUUCAGUAGCUUCCUCUGGCCAGGAUGGUCUAUGUUUCAGAUUGCAAAAGCAUGAGAAGAUUUAGUAACUGAGAGGCUUCCUUCAAGCUGCUGGAAAAUAUUACAGAAGGAGCACCUCCCAAAUUUUGCUUCAGAUUCUGAAGAAUGGUUUACGCCACAGGGAGAGCUUAAUCUUGCUCUGGAUCGAAGUAAAUGCUAUCGAAGCAGUGAACUGGGACUCUAUGCAGACUCCGGGCAUAUCUUGAUAGGAUUGGGUGUAUGUUGUUGCAACUGGCAGGCCAGGAGGCCCUGAAACCAGCAGGUGCCAUCUGUAUGGAGAAAAGCGGCUGUAGUCCAUUUCCAAUGUGUUGGGCUAAAGAAUAUGAUAGAUACCUAGCAUCCAGCAAAAUAAUGGCAGCUGCUUACCUUGACCCCAACUUGAACCACACGCCACACUCAAGUGCUAAGACCCACCUGGGUCCUGGCAUGGAACGUUCCCCUGGUGCCAUGGAGCGAGUAUUGAAGGUCUUUCAUUAUUUUGAAAGCAAUAAUGAGCCAACCACCUGGGCCAGUAUUAUCAGGCACGGAGAUGCUACUGAUGUCAGGGGCAUCAUCCAGAAGAUAGUGGACAGCCACAGAGUGAAGCAUGUGGCUUGCUACGGGUUCCGCCUCAGCCACCUGCGGUCGGAGGAGGUUCACUGGCUGCAUGUGGACAUGGGUGUCUCCAGCGUGAGGGAGAAGUAUGAGCUUGCCCAUCCUCCGGAGGAGUGGAAAUAUGAAUUAAGGAUUCGUUACUUGCCAAAAGGAUUUCUGAACCAGUUUACUGAAGACAAGCCAACUCUGAAUUUCUUCUACCAACAGGUAAAGAGCGACUACAUGCUAGAGAUAGCAGACCAAGUGGACCAGGAAAUUGCUUUGAAGUUGGGUUGCCUAGAAAUACGGCGAUCAUACUGGGAGAUGCGCGGCAAUGCACUGGAAAAGAAGUCUAACUAUGAAGUGUUAGAAAAAGAUGUUGGUUUAAAGCGAUUUUUUCCUAAGAGUUUACUGGAUUCUGUCAAGGCCAAAACUUUAAGAAAACUGAUCCAACAAACAUUUAGACAGUUUGCCAACCUUAAUAGAGAAGAAAGUAUUCUGAAAUUCUUUGAGAUCCUCUCUCCAGUGUACAGAUUUGAUAAAGAAUGCUUCAAGUGUGCCCUGGGGUCAAGCUGGAUUAUUUCAGUGGAACUGGCAAUCGGCCCCGAAGAAGGGAUCAGUUACCUAACAGACAAGGGCUGCAAUCCCACACAUCUGGCUGACUUCAACCAAGUGCAGACCAUUCAGUAUUCCAACAGUGAAGACAAAGACAGAAAAGGAAUGCUACAGCUCAAAAUCGCAGGUGCCCCCGAGCCUCUGACAGUGACAGCCCCAUCCCUGAGCAUCGCCGAGAACAUGGCGGACCUAAUAGACGGGUACUGCCGGCUGGUGAGCGGAGCCACGCAGUCCUUCAUCAUCAGACCUCAGAGAGAAGGUGAACGGGCAUUGCCAUCAAUACCCAAGUUGGCCAACAGUGAGAAGCAAGGUGUACGGACACAUGCGGUCUCUGUGUCAGGAGUCAGUCACUGCCAACAUAAAGUUAAGAAAGCUAGGCGCUUUCUCCCUUUGGUCUUCUGUUCCCAUGAACCUUCUCCUGCCGAUGAAAUUAGUGGGGACGAGACAGACGACUAUGCCGAGAUAAUCGAUGAAGAAGAUACUUACACCAUGCCCUCAAAAAACUAUGGAAUAGAUGAAGCUAGGGACUAUGAGAUUCAAAGAGAAAGAAUAGAACUCGGACGCUGUAUUGGAGAAGGCCAGUUUGGAGAUGUGCAUCAAGGCGUGUACAUGAGUCCAGAGAAUCCAGCUUUGGCUGUCGCAAUUAAAACAUGUAAAAACUGUACUUCGGACAGCGUGAGAGAGAAAUUCCUCCAAGAAGCCUUAACAAUGCGUCAGUUUGACCAUCCUCACAUUGUGAAGUUGAUUGGCGUCAUCACAGAGAACCCCGUGUGGAUAAUCAUGGAGCUGUGCACACUGGGAGAGCUGAGGUCAUUUUUGCAAGUAAGGAAAUACAGCUUGGAUCUGGCGUCUCUGAUCUUAUAUGCCUAUCAGCUCAGUACCGCACUGGCGUAUCUGGAGAGCAAAAGAUUUGUACACAGGGACAUUGCUGCUCGAAAUGUCCUGGUAUCCUCAAAUGAUUGUGUAAAAUUAGGAGACUUCGGAUUAUCUCGGUACAUGGAAGACAGUACUUACUACAAAGCUUCCAAAGGAAAAUUGCCUAUUAAAUGGAUGGCUCCAGAGUCAAUCAAUUUUCGACGUUUUACCUCAGCUAGUGACGUGUGGAUGUUUGGUGUAUGUAUGUGGGAGAUUCUGAUGCAUGGUGUGAAGCCUUUUCAAGGAGUGAAGAACAAUGAUGUGAUCGGUCGAAUUGAAAAUGGGGAAAGAUUACCAAUGCCUCCAAAUUGUCCUCCUACCCUCUACAGCCUUAUGACGAAAUGCUGGGCCUAUGACCCCAGCAGGCGGCCCAGGUUUACUGAACUUAAAGCGCAGCUCAGCACGAUCCUGGAGGAAGAGAAGGCUCAGCAGGAAGAACGGAUGAGGAUGGAGUCCAGAAGACAGGCCACCGUGUCUUGGGACUCUGGAGGGUCCGACGAAGCACCACCCAAGAAUUUAAGCCGUGGAUGUUGCCCUGUGACUGGGAAGCUCCGUCUGUUGCCCCAGCUCUUGGCUCUGCGUCCUUCCACACAGGAUCCAGGACGUCUUUCCCGCGCAGCCGUUAUGCCCAGCAGACCUGGUUACCCUAGUCCGCGCUCCAGUGAGGGAUUUUACCCCAGCCCGCAGCACAUGGUGCAGAGCAAUCAUUAUCAGGUCUCUGGCUACCCUGGUCCACACGGACUCACAGCCAUGGCUGGCAGCAUCUACCCCGGCCCAGCAUCUCUCUUGGACCAAUCAGAAUCGUGGAAUCACAGGCCCCAGGAGAUACCCCUGUGGCAGCCCAACAUGGAGGACGCGGCAUCGUUGGACCUGAGAGGAAUGGGGCAGGUGUUGCCCGCCCACCUGAUGGAAGAGCGACUGAUCCGACAGCAGCAGGAAAUGGAAGAAGAUCAGCGCUGGCUGGAGAAAGAGGAGAGAUUUCUGAAACCUGAUGUGAGGCUAUCUCGAGGCAGCAUUGACAGGGAGGACGGGAGUCUUCAGGGGCCGACUGGAAACCAACACAUCUAUCAGCCUGUGGGCAAACCAGGAAGUCCUUCUGCUUUGCCAGAUCCUGCGGCUCCACCAAAGAAACCUCCACGCCCCGGAGCCCCGGGCCACCUGGGCAGCCUCGCCAGCCUCAGCAGCCCUGGGGACAGCUACAACGAGGGUGUCAAGCUUCAACCCCAGGAAAUCAGUCCCCCUCCCACUGCCAACCUGGACCGGUCCAAUGACAAGGUGUAUGAGAACGUGACGGGCCUGGUGAAAGCUGUCAUUGAGAUGUCCAGUAAAAUCCAGCCAGCCCCACCCGAGGAGUACGUCCCUAUGGUGAAGGAAGUUGGCUUGGCCCUGCGGACACUAUUGGCUACCGUGGAUGAGACCAUUCCUGUCCUCCCAGCCAGCACACACCGAGAGAUCGAGAUGGCACAGAAGCUGCUCAACUCUGACCUGGGAGAGCUCAUCAGCAAGAUGCGGCUGGCCCAGCAGUGCGCCAUGACCAGCCUGCAGCAGGAGUACAAGAAGCAGAUGCUGACUGCCGCCCACGCCCUCGCAGUAGAUGCCAAGAACCUGCUGGAUGCCAUUGACCAGGCGAGACUGAAGAUGCUUGGGCAGGCAAGGCCACAUUGAGCCCGCCCGGGGGCUGUACUUCUUCCCUGGGAAGGUGUUCACCGACCUUCCACCAGCAGCCAGAGCCAGCGUGUCCUCAGGCGCCAGCACCACAUCUCCAGCUGAGCAACAGCUGGCUGAAAACCUCUCACAUAAGUUUAACCACAUCUUGACUUGGGUUCAUUUUUGUUAUUCUUUUUAAAUCAUGGGGUUCGGAAAAGUCUGGGGUCCAUAAUGUGGCAUUUUUCAAGAAUGAAAAUUAUACAUUAAGAAGCUUUUAAGAACAUGAAGGCCAGAUGCAAUGGUGCAUGCCUGUAAUCCCAACAACUGGGGACACUGAGGCAGGAAGUUUGCCAGUUCAAGGCCAGUUUCAGCAACUUAGCAAGACCCUGUGUCAAAAUGAAAUUAAAGCAGAAAUGUGAAGAGCAGUUGGUAUUCCUGUUAGUGGGAAUGGCCUGGGGGCUGUGUUCAUUCCUGACCUGCCUUCACUGAAUAUAGGAAGAAGAGAAUGUGGUGAAGAAUCCCAGGAGACCCAGGAGGCUGAGGAUUCCUUUCUUGCCAUAGCAUUAUUAUCCAGACUGGGGUUUGGCUAGAACACCCUUCUGUUGCAAUAUGCUAAUCCCAUUUACAAAGAAAGAAUAUAAAAGCUAUAUUUUGAAGACUCAAAUCAUUUCAGAAAAAAAAAACUAGCACCCUUCUGUCUCCCGCCUUUCACUUUACAUGGACAUGGAAGCGCUGGGCUGGAGCCAGCUGCAGAGCCCAGCCAAGACUCAAAACUCGUGUCUUCUCACCAGGAUAAUGUGCCCGUUGUUUGUAGCAGUGUAAUUUCUCUUGGAAGCAGAAACACUUUGUACCAGAGCACCUCCAAACUGCAGCGAGGAGUCCAGAACCACCGUUUUCCAUUUUUAUAUGAUUUAUAAGGAAAGAUUAAAGCCAUGUUGACCCCUCACAGCCACGGGCGCUGGCUGACCCUCAUCGUGUCUGUCUUCCCCACAGAGAACUAAGCGGGACGCAGGGGUUUGGUUCUCGAUAGAUGUCCAGCUAUUGCACCAUCGUCCUCUUAGAUCAUUCUGAAGAACACACCCUCCCUUUAGUUUGUCGGGGGAUAUGAAUUAUUCUCAGGAAGAAUAUAAUGAACUGUACAGUUACUUUGACCUAUUAAAAAGGUGUUGCCGUAA